AUGGAUCGCUAUCUUGGCGACUUCGAGGAAGCAGGGGAUGGGACCCGUCAGCAGGAGCGACACUAUCAGCUGCUAUCGGCGCUGCAGAGCCUGGUCAAGGAGUUGCCCAGCUCCUUCCAGCAGCGUCUGUCUUACACUACGCUCAGCGACCUGGCCCUGGCGCUCUUGGACGGCACCGUGUUCGAGAUUGUGCAAGGGCUGCUGGAAAUCCAGCACCUCACCGAGAAGAGCCUGUACAACCAGCGCCUACGGCUACAGAACGACCACCGAGUACUCAAACAGACAUUGAGGCAGAAGCAUGAGGAAGCCCAGCAGACCUGCCGGCCCCACAACCUGCCCAUACUCCAGGCAGCUCAGCAGCGCGAACUGGAGGUAGUGGAACAUCGAAUCCGUGAGGAGCAGCGGACAAUGGAUGAGAAGAUUGUCCUAGAACUGGACCGGAAAGUGGCAGACCAACAGAGCACUCUGGAGAAGGCGGGGGUUGCUGGGUUCUAUGUCACCACCAACCCACAGGAGCUGACGCUGCAGAUGAACCUGCUGGAACUAAUCCGGAAGCUGCAGCAAAGGGGUGGCCAGGUGGGGAAGGCAGCCCUAUGA